AUGGCCUCUUUCCAUGACUGUCCCAGAGAGCUCACAGACUCUAUCCUCGAACAGGUCUCGACCUGUGACCUUGCCGCCCUGAGCCUCACGAGCAAGAAGUUGCGUGCAGUAGCAACUCCGUUGCUCUAUUCUCAAAUCCAUUUUAGCAUCAAUCGAAACAACCCACGCCCUCUGAUACACCUUUGUCGAAGCAUCUUUAAGAACCCUAAGCUGGCAAUAUAUAUUAAGUCAGUGCGUCUGCGCGAUGGUGAACCCGAAAUUCAGAGGCUUUUCCGAGAACACUAUCAUCAUCAGUCCCGAACACCCAAGGCAUCUCCACCACAGCCGACAGACGAAGACGGCUUACCUAAUUUUGUCUCAUUUAUCGCAGGUUCUGGCCUGUCGUAUGCUACUCUGUGGAUAGAGAAAUUGCGCGCAGGCAAUUUGAACGCCUAUGUUGCAUUACUACUCUCUAAACUGCCUAACCUUAUCACUUUUCGCGUUGGAUACGCAGUUGUCUUAGCGGAUCUUAGUGGUCUCAAAGAUGACGCGAAGCCACCAGAGACCGCAGGCGAGAACCAGUUCCUUGGCAAAAUAUUCCAAUCUGCCGCCUUUGAUACAUCAAACCAUGGGAUUUCUCGCUUCCAACACCUCCAGGAUGUCUUUUAUCCUGGCCCAAUAGAGGCUAACCCUGGGCGCAACCCAGACUUUUCCAACCCAAGGGAUGUAAUGGCACUUCUCAGUCUUCCGUCAAUACAUGGCCUUUCAGGCUGGUGUCUGAACCCUAGCUCGUUCCCAUUUACCUGGCCAGGGCCAGCAGGCCCGCCCAAUCUCUCUCACCUCACCUCACUGUCUAUGUCAUUCGUCCACGUCGACUUCUUGGCACAAAUCAUAGAACAAACCACAAACCUCAAGAAGCUAAGCUGGGAGUGGAAAUAUAUAGCUGAAGUCGACCCGCUAAAUACCGACACAAUCGACCUCGACAGAUUCGUUGAAGCUAUAAAACCUUGCCAGGAUACACUUGAGGAUCUUACCAUCGAUUGCAUCAAUACUAUCCCCUGGUAUGACUUCGAACGUAGGGAAAUCAAUCUUCGAGGAAAUCUCCACGGCUUGGAUCAAUUCGCCAACAUUAAGCGAUUCAAGGCCCCUUUCACACUUCUCCUUCCAGAUUGGGAUGAAUACGAACCAAAGGAAUCGACACGACUGGAAGACAGCAUGCCUCCUAAUGUUGAGAUUGUGACGAUCACCGACGAAGACUGGGUACCUGACUAUCCUUACGAUUCGGAAAGCGAAAUGGCGAAGCUGCGGUCUUGGGUUACCGAGACGGCCGCGACGAGGACGCCAAAGCUUGUUGAGAUCUGCUUCUAUCUGACUUGGGCGUCGGAUUAUGACAGGCUUGAAAAAUAUGAGGACUUUCAUCGGGUUUUUGAGGGAUCACCGUUGAGGCAUAGGAUCAUCAGGACGAGGGAUGAGGAGCCCUGGAAAAAUGUGUGA